AUGGCGUUCCCCGUUGUCGACGGCGUCGAGGUGAUGAUGGCGCCACCAGAGAACUACCACGUCAACUUUACCAACCCGUUCAAAGACACGGCGACCAUCAACGCAAGCUACUGGGCCUUUGGCAUCGAGUUCGCGGUCGCCCUUCUGUUCCUAGCCCAGCGCGUCUACACGGCGUCCUUCAUCCUGCGCAAAUGGCGAAGCGAUGACUACAUGAUUGUGCUUGCAUGGGUUCUGACUACGACUGCACAAUGUCUCAUCCUUCACUGCCUGAACCAAGGCGUGUUGGGAGUUCACAUCUGGGAGAUGUCGGUUGACGACGCUAUAUGGGAGACGACACUCAUCCAUGCCACGACCCUGACAGUCAUUCCAGGCACAGUCCUGGCGAAGCUUGUGCUUUGCAUCUUCUACUACCGUCUGUCACCCAUCACCUGGUACCGAUACGCCCUGCUGUUCACAUCCUUCAUCACCGUCGCCGCCUUCACCGCCGUCUGGUUCGCCGUCCAGUUCGCAUGCACCCCGAUCGAAGCCGCAUGGAACCUCCGACUCUACACCGGCACGAACUGCAUCGACCGCCCACCCGUGUACAUGCUGCAGGCCAUCAUGGGUGGCGUCACUGACAUCCUGCUCAUCGUCCUCCCGCUGCCCAUCAUCUUGCGUCUCCAGAUGUCGUGGAAGCAAAAGGCCGCCCUCGUCGCCUGGUUCUGCACGGGUCUCAUCACCUUCGGCGCCGCCGUCGCCCGCCUCGUCAUCCUGAUUCCGAGCCUCAAGAACGCCGACACGACCUUCAUCCUGGCCCAGGGAACCCUCUGGCUCAUCGUCGAGGCCAACCUCAUCAUCAUCUGCGGCUCGCUGCCCACCUUCCGCGUCUUCCUCAACCACGUGGCGCCCAAGAUCCUCGGAGAGGCGGCCGCCUCCCGCCGCGGGGAGAGCGGCAACAAGACCGGCGGCGCCAGCUCGGGCGGCAUGCGGUACGCGCUGCGCACCUUUGGCAGCUCGCAGCCCAAGAGGAGGCACUUUGACACCAUUGACGAACUCGAGUUGGGUGACCGGCCCUACGGCUCCGAGGCGAAGUGGAAGGCCGAGGUCAAUGCGGAAAGUCUGACGGACGGGCGGGACCGGAGGACGAGCCGCUCGGAAGCCAGUGACGAGGAGGCCAUAUUCAAGACGGUCCGUACGUCCGUGAUCCACGAGGCGCGAUGA